AUGGACGCUCUACCCGGCGGCGUCUCGACUUUUGACGCCGAAAUUCACGCGCCCAGGAUUCGAGAAAUCAAAAAAACAAUAAUCAAAUGGUUUCUCGUCCUAACCGUCGCCGAUAUUCCAUGUGUGCUCGCCGAGCUGCACACUUUCCUCACGUACAUCAUCGCGCAGACCCAUUUGACGCUCUCCUGCUCGCCGUUUUUCGUCCUUCUCCCCAUCCUGCUAUUCCUUCGCCUCACACUGAUAUUGUGCAACUAUUGGGCGAUUCGAGUUGUGAUCCUUGAAAACCGGUUGGGCGUGCGGCUCACUCGCCAGAGUUUCGCGUUUCUGUUGAAAGUGCGAACUGUUCUGCUUGUGAGCGGACUCGUCAUUGUGACUCCCUCCUACUUUUGUGCCCACGUUCCGAUUGAGGCCACGGUGUUGUGGGUGGCCGACGUGAUCGUUGUGACGACUUUGAUGACAGAAGGUUAGUUUGGGGGAAAUAGGAUUCACAAUAAAAAAUUCGCUUGGCGGCGCAAUUCACGUGCGCUAAACAAGGCGCGUAACGCGUAAUUCCGGAGCGUCGUUGUAGAGUUUCUCAUUCAUUUCAAUUUUCCCCUUUUUUGCAUUAUCCACAUCUUUUCUGAACCAAUCAGUGUCAAAACUUAUGUCAAUUAUUAGAAAUGAACAAAAAAUGAAAUUUUAACCGCUUCGUCAUCAAUUUCGAAACGUUUUAUGUGAAAAUUACAGAUUUUUUUUUGCUUUUGAAAAUUUCUGUAUAUUUUUCGACGGUUGAGCGCUUAAAAGAUGCGCAAUAAACUGCUUGUUGACUGGAGACGGUUCGAAUGCCAGUGUCCGAACUCGAUUCGGCAAAUAAUCGUUAAAACUCUGUUUUUUUCAGUAUUUUUCGACAAAAUCCCUCAAUUUGAUCAAUUCUCAACGAAUCUGCUCCGUUUCGCGCUUAAAUCGAUACUUUUUUUGCAAAGAACAAAAUUUGAGUGUUUAUUAAGAGAAAAACGAAAGAAUUCUGGUUUUCAAUUGAAAAAACAAACUUCGAGUUGACGGUGGAUGCAAGCGCGCCCCAUUGACAACUCGCUUGCGCAUUCGAAUGCUGGGCUUCCGUGGGAUUGGUGGUUUCUGACGGCUUUUCAUGUAGUUUUACAGUACAAUAUCAAUUGCUGAUCAAAGUUUGUCAAGUGAAGACGAUGAUGCAUCCACAUCGGCGGCCUUUCGAGAGAGACAUCAUGGAGACUGUGGUCUAGAGUUGAGCGGAAGAACACGGAAGAAUUUUUAUCUUCUUUAGAACAUUUUUUCAUGAAAUGUGAUCAACUCACUGUCUCCCCUUUGGCGAAAAAAAUUUUCGCGCGCAUUUUUGCGUGCGGCUCUCAGUGUCGAUUUACGGGACACGGUUUUUCAACUGAAAACGAUGUUUUUCCAAGUUUUUGGGAUUAUGCACACUUUUCCUUCAAAACUUUUGCCUCACGUUUGUUCAUAUGACCGAUGGCUACAAAAUGAUCACAGAGUGUUCGUGUAAAAGGGAAAAUUCGAAGAGUAAUUUCGUUUUUUAAAAUUUGUCUUGAAAAAACGAAUGUUCGACAGAUUUGAGAAAACAGUUGACAGAAUCGAAAAACAGUUGCCUCACGAUUGUUCAGCAGACAAAGGCGGUCAUUUUGAGCACAGAGACGGCCCAUAAAAUGCAAAAAUGACUGAGAAAUUUCAGUUGUAGAGGUUCAGAACUGAAAUUCACAGAAAAAUGAAAAAAUGCGCUGUUUCUUGUGGGCAAAACGCUAAUUUCAGAUCACAGCUGUCAUAAACUAUUCUGACAAUCCCUGUUUUACCUAGUUUUCCUCAUUUCGGGAUGAAAUUUCGGGUUUUCGCAGAAAAAUCCAGAAACUUCAGACCUGCUUCUGUUUUCAACGACACUCCGUUUUAACGCGGCGCUCAAUUUAGCAUUAGCCAUUGGGGAGACAGUGCAACUGACGAAAUGUAGAGCAAAGUGAACUGUGCUCAUAGAAAAAUAAUUGUAAAUUUAGCUUUUCAUACAAAAAAGUUAUUCGAGUUGUUCCGUGAAAAUGUCCUUCCGUCUUCCGUCUCGAAUAACGUUUUUGUAUGAAAAGCUAAAUUUACAAUUAUUUUUCUAUGAGCACAGUUCACUUUGCUCUACAUUUUGUCAGUCGAUCACAUUUCAUGAAAAAAUUUUCUAAAAAAGAUAAAAAUUCUUCCGUUCGAUAGUAACUCUAAAAAUAUGUUCCCCUCCUCGACGUUGUCUAGAAUAAACUGAAUCCCGAAACUCGAGCAACGCUCACUUCUUCCGGUCCCUAAUCGCUCAACAGCGCCGAAAUCUGCGCCGCUCAGCACAAAUAAUGCUCCCGAAGCGCUGAAAAUUGUUGACACUUUUACCCUUUCCCGAAAUGUUCGCACCUAAUCAGAGAUGCGCUGUCAUGGCGCCAUUUUGAGUACACAAUCGACGGAGUGUGUCAACAUUUUCAGUUUAUGCCGCAAAACUUGCAUCGCCAUCAUUUUUGCGCUCUUAACAUCGGGUACGGUAACGCGCGGAGAGCUGUGAACUUUGCAGUUCCAACUUUUGCGACGACGUCAAACUUUGAACGAGUACGGUAGCGUUGGAAGGUGUCCGAGGGGUCUCGAAAAUUUUUUGGACAUAAACCAUGUCUAGUACGUCAUUUUUGUAGUUGACACUUUUUCUCUAAAACCACUGCCUGGAGUACUGUAGCUCGCGAAAGUUUGGGUGAUCGCAAGGCCUAUGCAAACUUUCAAGAGCUACAGUACUCCAGGAAGUGGUCGUACCAAAAAUGUGUCAACUACAAAAAUAAAGUGUUAGGUGUCAAGAACUCACAAAAUAAAUUUCAGACCCUUAGGUUAGCUCCUGGUCCUACAAUACCCAUUAAAAGUAAGCCAUUAUCAUCGAUGUCCGUUCGUUUCGAAUCCUAUGAUUUUUUCAGAUUUUCAGGUGUGUUCAGAUGCUCAUAUUUGCACAAUAUCACGUCUCCAAAUUGUACUGAAUCCAAAAACCCAAAGCAAGGCCCUAAAACUGUUCCAUGUCGGAUCCUGAAGUCAAUUCGGUCAAUUUCUGUCAAAUUUCAGCUUCCUACACAAAAAUUGAUGAAAUCGAUAAGUAAAACUUGUAUCCUGCAGAAAUAAGACGUGCAAAAGAGUUUUCCGCUCUCCAGGCAGCGAACCCACGACUAGCCGAUUCGCGAAUUCCAAAAGAGAACCACUACGCCACAAGAGCAUCUCCGCCGCACUCGCACUUAGGGCAAUGACCUUUUAUUGGUUUCGCGUGCACUUUGAGCAGUCGCAAAAAGUGGUGGGGAAAAAAAAGGAAGUUUUUCGAACAAAAACCGUACAUGUCUAGACGUCAAUUCGACCGCCGCCUUUCCAUUUCUUCACUCGUUUCGUCAAUGUCGCAAUUUCGGCUCGCUUAUCAGUUGGCUCUAAUCUUUGUGAUUUGAUUCUCGGGUUCGAUUUCGGCACACACUCCGCCCGCUUUUUAUCACAAGUCUAUAAAACGGACCAAGCCGGACGAGCCAAGCGAGCUUGUGCCCGAAAAAGAAAAAUGAAGUGCCACCUCAUUCUUCUAGUCGCUCUCCUCGUUUUGUACGGAAUCGAGGCUCGCACUCACCCUCAUCAUCACCAUCACCGUCAUCAUCAUCGACGUGCGGCGCCGGUGCCCGAAGUGGACAGUGGUCUCGACCGGACUCGCGUCAAAAUUUGCGACAUGAACGACUUGAUCGAUCGAGUCAAGACGGUGUGCCCGAAAUUGUGUCCGACCGGAUGUAAGUCGCUUUUUUGUCUGUUACUGACCAUCUCAAAAAAAAACUUGCAGCGUUCCCCGAACUCGAAGAGUUUUGCUACGGAAAAGGUCUGUCGGAUUGGCACGUCGAACGGAUGUGCUGCCCCAAAUACCAGAUCGACGGAUGGCCAGUCUGA